AUGGAAUACAAUUCACUGUUGCUGGCUAAUUAUGCAGUAGAUACUUCCGUAGAAAUGCGGAUAAGAGAACCUAAUGAGAAAUCCCCCCAAGAACCAAUUAAACUGGUCAUAGCUGAUCAUGAUGAGGAAAUAAAAUUAACAAGAAAGUGUAGAAAAUUUAAAUUUUCUUUGGAAAUUUCUCGUUGCUUUUAUGAAGAUUGCAAUUGUGCUUUGCAUGGAAAGUUAUUACAAUAG